AUAGAUUACUGUAAUAGAGAACUUUAAUUUUUUUCUUUCAAUCGCGUUUUAUCAUUGAUUUGCGAAGGUCGCUUUUUCGAUUGGUGCAAAAAAAGUAAUUGUGUGUAAAACACGCUCACGUUUUAUAAACUAAUAAUUAAAAAUAUGGAUCGCUACGGUGGUGGUCAAGGCGGUGGCGGCGGUGGAUACAAUAAUUUUUCUGUUCCCCCACCCAAUUUCCAAAUGUCAGAAGGUAAUAGUGGACCAUUCAGUAAACCACCACCCUCUUUUUCGAAACCUGGUGGUUAUGAUUCUGGAAGUCGCGGCGGUGGUGGUGGCGGCGGCGGCUCCGGUGGAAGCGGCUGGCAAGACCGUGGCGGCAAUGGCGGUGGUGGCUAUGGAAACGGAGGCGGCAACAAGGACAACUAUAAUAAAGGAGCAGGAGGCGGCGGAAGUUAUGGAGGAGGCGGAGCUGGUGGUAGUGGUGCCGGUGGUGUUGGUGGUGAUUUAAUUACGCAAGAAGACACCAUCUUCGUUUCUGGUAUGGAUCCAGAGGCUACAGAAAUGGAUAUUGAAACUCAUUUCGGAGCAAUUGGCAUAAUUAAGAAAGAUAAACGUACCUCCAAACCAAAAAUUUGGUUAUACCGCCAUAAGGAUACAGGCAUUUCAAAAGGCGAAGCCACAGUUACAUACGACGACAUCAAUGCGGCUCAAUCUGCUAUUGCUUGGUUUGACGGACGUGAUUUUAACGGAUGUGUUAUAAAGGUAUCAUUGGCUCAGCGUCCAAACAAUUGGAACAAACCCGGCGGUGGUGGUGGUGGAGGCGGUGUAGGCCUCGGUCGUGGAGGUGGCGGCGGUCGUGGACGUGGUGGUGGACCUGGCGGAGAUCGUGGAGAUCGUCCUCGCUUCGAUCGCGGUGGAGGUGGAGAUUACGAUUCUGGCAGAGGUGGAGAUCGUGGCGGUGAUGAUCGCGGAGGUCGUCCUCGAAUGGGAGGAAGCGGCGGAGGUGGUCCGGGAGGUAACAAUAAUGUCGCUCCUCGUGAAGGUGACUGGAAGUGCAGUAGCUGUAACAAUACCAACUUCGCUUGGCGCAAUGAGUGCAAUCGUUGUAAAACACCUAAAAGUGGUGACGAAGGUGGUAGUAGUAGUGGUGGAAGAGGAGGAGGCGGUGGUGGUGGUAGUUAUGGAGGUGGUGGUGACCGCGGCGGCUACAAUAGAGACAACCGAGGCGGUGGUGGUUUCGGAGGUGGAAAUAGAUUUAGUGGAGGAGGUGGUGGUGGUGGUCGAGGAGGUGGCGGUGGCGAUCGUGGAGGACGUCGCGAUUAUGGUGGUGGCGCAAGCAAUAAUAGUAGUGGUGGUCCCAUGCGCAACAAUCCUGGUAACCGUUCGAGACCCUAUUAAUUUUACUACCAUUAUAGUGAGCACAACCAAAUAACCAUUUUUCAGUCAGAUAUGCCUAGUUUUUAAAAUGAAAAAAUGUGUUUUGUCGUUCGUUUUCGAGCAUGUGUCACUCAUAUUAACGCAAAUUAAUUUUUUACUUUUAAGACUAUCUGUAAUUUUAAAUGUCAUUUUAAUACCCCUGAAGAUAUGUAAAAAACCUUUUUACAGUGCAAAGAAAAACGAAUAAGCAUGUAUUAAUUUACUAACUAUUGUAUUACAUGUUUAAUAUUAUCUACACACAUUGUAAAUUUCCAAAUUAUACUUAACUGGAUUGUUGGAAAAAUAAUUAAUCCUUCAAAUCAAAAUAAAACAAAAUCAAGACUUAUUAUUGUCUUUACAUAAUGAAUAAAUUGUACAAUUUAUGUAAUUUAGUUGAGUAAUAAUAAAAUUAAAACUAACAUUUA